AUGGUGCGAAUAUCAAUGACAAAGAUAAAUAUGGAGAAACCGCACUUUAUAUUGCAGCAGCAAAUAAUAGAAAAGAAACAGCCGAAUUUCUUAUUUCACAUGGUGCGAAUAUCAAUGACAAAGAUAAAUAUGGAGAAACCGCACUUUAUAUUGCAGCAGCAAAUAAUAGAAAAGAAACAGCCGAAUUUCUUAUUUCACAUGGUGCGAGUAUCAAUGAAAAAAAUGAAUAUGGAGAAACCGCACUUUAUAUUGCAGCAGCAAAUAAUAGAAAAGAAACAGCCGAAUUUCUUAUUUCACAUGGUGCGAAUAUCAAUGACAAAGAUAAAUAUGGAGAAACCGCACUUUAUAUUGCAGCAGCAAAUAAUAGAAAAGAAACAGCCGAAUUUCUUAUUUCACAUGGUGCGAAUAUCAAUGACAAAGAUAAAUAUGGAGAAACCGCACUUUAUAUUGCAGCAGCAAAUAAUAGAAAAGAAACAGCCGAAUUUCUUAUUUCACAUGGUGCGAAUAUCAAUGACAAAGAUAAAUAUGGAGAAACCGCACUUUAUAUUGCAGCAGCAAAUAAUAGAAAAGAAACAGCCGAAUUUCUUAUUUCACAUGGUGCGAAUAUCAAUGACAAAGAUAAAUAUGGAGAAACCGCACUUUAUAUUGCAGCAGCAAAUAAUAGAAAAGAAACAGCCGAAUUUCUUAUUUCACAUGGUGCGAAUAUCAAUGACAAAGAUAAAUAUGGAGAAACCGCACUUUAUAUUGCAGCAGCAAAUAAUAGAAAAGAAACAGCCGAAUUUCUUAUUUCACAUGGUGCGAAUAUCAAUGACAAAGAUAAAUAUGGAGAAACCGCACUUUAUAUUGCAGCAGCAAAUAAUAGAAAAACACAUGCCGAAUCAAUGCAAAAAAAAGUGGAAAAUUGAGAUAUUUUUGAUCGUCUUUUUUUACUUUUUUUCCACUCAAGAAUGA